CUUCCAAAAUACCUCAAAUCCUUUCAUAUAAGUUAAGCGAUUGCUUUGCAAGCUUCUUGAUGCAUUUCAGACCACAUAAGUUAGCUGUUUUGAUACGAUUGCGUCCCAGCCACAGCUCAGCUCUUGUAAAUUUGUUAAAUUUCGCAGAUUCUCCAUUACCUAAAGCACCGACAUGAUUGCUUUUAGAAUAAGAGCAUGCUCCAACAAACAUCUCCCACUUUUCCAUUGGCCUGGACACAGUUGCAAGAGCAAGAGGGUAUAGCAGUACCAUGUGUGUGUCAUACCAUUCUUCACACAAUACAAAUGGACAGUUGACCAACCAAAGAAAAGGGCAGUUGGACAGAAAGAAGCCUGUGCCUGCAAUUCUUAAUUUUGAAUAAAUAAGACAUUGUUAAGAUAUAUGAGUGCUGAUCCUUAAUCUGUGGGAACCAAGUUCAAGAAUUUGCAACUGAUAAAGUUGGUCAAUCUCCUCCAUGUUAGUAACUUCAUUUUUUGAUACGUAGAGUUCCUUCAGAGUACUGGAGACGUUAGACAAUCCAUGCGAGGAUCCAAUUUCAUUGAAAGAAACAUAAAAAACCUAUAGACUCUUGAAUAUGCUAACAUCAGGUAUUUUCUUUAGUUUAUUAUCCCUCAGCACCAGCUCCUGCCAAAAAAAAAAGGAAAAAUAUAUCUCAACUGAGUCGAGAUUAUGGAGCUGGAAGCUGGUGAGAUUGAGAACCGUGCUUGACGGAUCGAUUUCAUCCGUUUGACCAUCAGUCACGGGAUUCAAGUCCCUCGGUGGUUGGUUAUCGGCAUCCAUUAAAGAAUACUCUUCGCUGGAAAAUGUAUUUGACUAUUUCCUGCUUGAUUCUCUCUGCGAAAGUGCUUUUGCAUUGCAUGUCAGAUUUCGUGAGGAGGAAGAUGUUUGAGAUCAUUUCGGCUCAUGACUGGGCCUAAAAUCCGUCUUUUGGGCUUGGCUAAAUUGAAGUGGGAAAUCUAUACGACGCCGAGAACUCAAAGAUCUGACAACCAGACUUAUGAACGGCUUCCACCGUCUUCUUCUUCCCGGCUUCGCUAAAUCCUCCGCCUUCAAACACCGAAUUAUUUCCCAUCAUCUUAGCCACAGUCUUGCUUUUAGCACUUUACCUUCUGGUAUACAAUAUCUAAAAACCCCACCUCCAUCGCCACAUUCAACUCAGGACCCAGCGCAAGCCAUAGCAACCCAGUUAUCAAACUGCACCAGCUUACCGGAACUGAACCAAAUUUAUGCCCAUGUUAUCCUUACUCAGAUGCUCGACUUCUAUACCGCCCCAUUUCAUUGGAAUAACAUAAUAAGAUCGUAUACCAGACUAGAUGCUCCUGCCCAAGCACUGAAAGUCUAUGUCUCUAUGUCUCGAGCCAGUGUCUCGCCUGAUUGUUAUACUCUUCCCAUCAUCUUAAAAGCUACGUGCCAGCUUUUCGCUAUUGAUAUUGGUAGGCAGCUUCAUUCCGUUGCCAUAAGGCUUGGCCUUCAAUCGAAUGAAUAUUGCGAGAGUGGUCUUAUCAGCUUGUAUGCAAAGUCUGGGGAAUUUAACAAUGCUUAUAAGUUGUUUGAGGAAAAUCAUGAAAGAAAGUUGGGUUCUUGGAAUGCUAUUAUAGGAGGCCUAGCUCAAGGUGGGCGUGCCAAGGAAGCGAUUGAGCUGUUUUUGGAGAUGAGGAGAUGUGGAUUGGAGCCAGAUGAUGUGACCAUGGUUAGUGUAACAUCUGCUUGUGGGAAUUUAGGGGAUUUGGACUUGGCUAUUCAGUUGCAUAAAUAUGUUUUUCAUGCCAAGAAUUUUGGGAAACCGGAUAUUUUGAUGCUGAAUUCGCUUGUUGACAUGUAUGGAAAAUGUGGUAGAAUGGACUUAGCGGGUAGGGUGUUUUCUAGGAUUGGCCAAAAAAAUGUGUCAUCUUGGACGUCCAUGAUUGUAGGUUAUGCAAUGCAUGGGCAUGUCAAUGAAGCUCUGGAGUGUUUUCAUUACAUGAGAGAAGCCGAUGUGAGGCCUAACCAUGUGACUUUUGUGGGAGUGCUAAGUGCUUGUGUCCACGGUGGUAAGGUACAGGAGGGAAGGUAUUUCUUUGAUAUGAUGAGGAAUGUUUAUGGUAUAAUGCCGCAGAUGCAGCACUAUGGGUGCAUGGUGGAUCUUCUUGGCCGAGUGGGGCUGCUUAAAGAGGCUAGAGAGAUUGUGGAGGGGAUGCCAAUGAAGCCGAAUGUGGUAAUAUGGGGGUGUUUGAUGGGUGCCUGUGAGAAAUAUGGGGAUGUGAAGAUGGGAGAGUGGGUGGCUAAGCAUUUACAGGAGCUGGAACCUUGGAAUGAUGGGGUUUAUGUGGUUUUGUCUAACAUAUACGCUAGUAGAGGCUUGUGGCAAGAGGUUGAAAGGAUUAGAGUAGGAAUGAAGCGGCGAAAACUAGCCAAAAUUCCUGCUUAUAGUUUGGCAACUAGUUAGAACUUGGAACUGAAGUUCAUUACUUUUAUUUUGCUGAAAGAAGUUUUUACCAUUGCUCUAGCACAAAUAAAUUUUGAUUAUUAAUUAUGAUGAAAUUCAUAUAAAA